GGGGAGAGAGGAGUAGUGGAAAACAGAAGACAGACAUCUUAUGUUAUGGACCCGAGAUUGUUUAUUAAACUAUAAUGUAUAAAAUAAACGCAUAAGUCCGGUCCUGCUGACAUAAUUUCCUGUCCCCUGCAAAAACCACAGAACAUUUUCCCAUAAAUACAAGCUAAGCUCACUUUAAUAAGUACUCGGAACCUGUUUUUAGUGCUUGCUUCUCUUCUCUCCUCUGCUCUCGAGCUCACCACUUGGGUCGUUUUUCCAAAAAGUUAAAAUCAAACCCAAAAAUACUUGACAGAAGAAAAAGGUUAGAGCCGUUGCUGUUGCCUGGUGCUGAGAGAAUAAUAACGUUACUAGUACUAUACUACAAUCUUGCUACAAAGAAGAACCAGAGUAGAGUGUGUUUUUGAGUGUGAGAAAGAGAAAGAGAAAGAGAAAGACCCAAUGGGGAGAGAGUUCAGGCUUGGCUUUGUGCUCUCACUGUUGCUUCUUGUACUAUUGGACGGCUGCAGCGGAAGUUAUGUUGGAGUUUGCUAUGGAAGAAAUGCUGAUGAUCUUCCUGUACCGGACAAGGCAGCUGAGCUUGUUAAACUUCAUAACAUAAAGUAUGUGAGGAUAUAUGACUCUAAUGUUCAAGUCCUCAAGGCUUUUGCCAACACUGGAAUUGAACUAAUGAUUGGAGUCCCCAAUUCGGACUUGCUAUCGUUCUCUCAGUUCCAAACCAAUGCAGACACUUGGCUUAAGAACAAUAUCCUUCCUUAUUAUCCAGCUACAAAGAUUACAUACAUUACUGUUGGUGCUGAAGUUACUGAGAGCCCUGGUAAUGUUUCUGCUUUAGUUGUCCCUGCCAUGAAAAAUGUACUUACAGCCCUUAAAAAGGCCGGUCUGCACAAGAAGAUUAGAGUCUCAAGCACUCAUUCCCUUGGAGUUUUGUCUAGAUCGUUCCCUCCUUCCGCGGGGGCUUUUAAUAGUAGCCAUGCUUAUUUCCUCAAACCAUUGCUGGAAUUUCUUGCAGAAAAUGGUUCUCCAUUCAUGAUUAAUAUUUAUCCUUACUAUGCUUAUAGAGAUUCAGCUAGCAAUAUCUCUCUAGAUUAUGCAUUGUUUGAGUCUUCCUCUGAAGUAAUUGAUCCAAAUACUGGUUUGUUGUACACAAACAUGUUUGAUGCUCAGAUUGAUGCUCUCUACUAUGCACUCAUGGCUUUGAAUUUCAAAACAAUCAAAGUUAUGGUCACAGAAACAGGCUGGCCUUCCAAAGGAUCUCCUAAGGAGACGGCUGCUACUCCUGAUAAUGCUCAAACUUACAAUACCAAUCUCAUUCGCCAUGUCAUAAACAAUACUGGUACUCCUGCAAAGACUGGAGAGGAGCUUGAUGUGUAUAUAUUUUCAUUGUUCAAUGAGAAUAGGAAACCCGGAUUGGAAUCUGAAAGAAACUGGGGAUUAUUUUAUCCAGACCAGACUAGUGUCUAUAACCUAGAUUUCACUGGAAAAGGCUCUGUGGAUGUAGCUACAGGGUCUAAUUCUACCAGUUCAAAUGGAACAAAUACUUGGUGCAUCGCCUCAAACAAGUCCUCUGAAAUGGACUUGCAGAGCGCACUGGACUGGGCUUGUGGUUCUGGAAAUGUGGACUGUACAGCUAUCCAGCCUAGCCAGCCUUGUUAUGAGCCAGAUAAUCUGGCAUCUCAUGCUUCUUAUGCAUUUAACAGCUACUACCAACAAAAUGGGGCUAGCGAAAUAGCUUGCAGCUUUGGAGGUGCUGGGAUUAGAGUUGACAAGGACCCAAGCUAUGACAGUUGUCUCUACAUGACUGCUGGGAGCAACAAAACUAUUGCAAGUAAUACAACUGCAAUUGCUUCGAAAUCUUUGUCAACCCGAAACGAUUUUCCUGCAUGGUUUUCUACAUUCUUUCUGGCUACCUUCAUCACAGUUCUCUUGGGAGUCAACCAUGUCUGAAGAGAGUUUGAUAUUGAAGAAACAAUUAUAUUUUGCCCCAUUAACGCAACGAUUGAGAAGAUGUUAAGAACAGUUAAUGGUUUGAGAAUCUUUGUAUGAUAAUGAAGACAACUGACAAAAACCAUCCAAGGUAUAAAGAUAACAGUAUGUAUACCUCUUGGACAUAUGGUUGUGGCUCCCUUGCAUAUUAGUAUCUUUAAAUUUUUUCCCCCUUUAAGCUUUGAAAAUUGUUUUAUAUUUUUCAACUAAGUUAAAGGCCGAAGGGGAAUUUGGGACUUUGGGAGUUCAUAUUGUAGCCAUUUUCCAGGCCGAAGAAUCAAAAAACGUAUUUUGGUCCAUGUUGGAAAUUGAACUCUAGUAUGAAGAAAGAGGUCUUUUUUUUUCCCUUUUUUUAUUAAUUUUUUUAGGAGAUUUUUUUCUUCA